AUGAAUUUUGGCAACCUUGCCUUCACGGCACGCCAUGAGCGGACACCAGAGGAGAAGAGCCUUGUCCGAAGGUUGGACAUCUUCCUGAUGACAUUCGGGUGCGUUUCCCAGGUUAUCAAGUACCUCGAUCAAACGAACAUCAACAACGCCUACGUCUCUGGUAUGAAAGAGGAUCUGAAUCUUUAUGGAAAUGAAUUGAACUACUUCACGACGUACUUCAACAUCGCUUACUGCAUCAUGCUCAUCCCCUCGCAAAUUAUUCUAACCUACGUACGCCCGAGCUAUUGGCUGUCUGGUCUCGAAGUCUGUUGGGGCAUCAUCACGGGCAUGUUCGCUCUCGUCAAGAACGCGCAACAGGUCUACGUGCUCCGCGUCCUUAUCGGUCUCUGUGAGAGCAGCGCAUGGCCGGGUAUGAUGACGCUGUUGAUGUACUGGUACACCCCUUCAGAGCUUGCUAAGCGUAUGGGGUUCUACCACUCGUGCCAAGCUGUCGGGUCGAUGAUGUCUGGCGCGUUGCAGGUUGCGAUUCGGAGCUCCAUGCAUGGAUUACACGGACUGCCCGGUUGGCGCUGGUUGUUUAUCGUUAAUGCGAUAAUGACGAUUGUCGUCGGUGCUUUGGGUUUCGUAUUGCUGCCCGACACCCCUAACAACCCCAACCCAAGAGCGUUCUGGUUCAAGAAGGGACACGCCCAGCUUGCUAUGGAGCGACUGGAACGUCACGGCAAGGCAGAGCCGAAGAAGAUGACCUGGACCGCUGCGAAGCGCGCAUUCAAGAGUUGGGUCAUCUAUUUCAUUCCCAUCUUGUACAUCGCCACGGUACUCGAGUCGUACGGCAACAACUACUUCGGCCUGUUUUUGAAGAGCCUGAAGAACCCCGACGGAAGCCCCAGAUGGUCGACUUCGGAGGUAAACGCCAUCCCUAUUGGGGGAAGUGCGAUUAAUGUGGUCUUCGUCUGGAUCUGGGCAAUUCUAUCCGAUCUUUUCAUGACGAGAUGGACUUUGAUCGUCGCCCAGGGCGUGAUCGGCGUCGCCGUCUGCAUCGCCAUGAGCGUCUGGUCCGCGCACCCCACCACAACACCCCUCGGUGUAGCAUACGCAUCCAACUUCAUCAUUUUUACAGCAAUGGGUACGGCUCCGUUGAUCUUUGCGUGGCUGGCCGACAUCCUGCCUCAUGACUCCGAGGCAAGGACACUGAUCGUCGGCGUGUCCAUUGCGGGCUACUACGCAAUCUCGGCUUGGUCGCAAGUCCUGGUCUGGCCGGCAAUCCAGGCCCCGUACUACAAAUACGCGUGGCAGUCGGCCAUUGCCAUCGGCGUUCUCGUCAUCGCCAUGACAUGUGUGCUUCGCUAUAUUGAUGUCAAAUACCUUGGGCCGAAGAGGGAGAUGUACAGAGCUACAAUAAUUGAAACGGCGGCCAAAGAUGACGGCGAGCUGGCAGGAAGCGCCCAAGAUAUUGCCGAUGGAAAGGUGAAGUCCACGGCGGUAGUGCCGGUCUGA